UGAUCUUAUCGCGCCCUCUAGUGGCUGACACGCUCCAACACACGUCAGACUUUUCUCACAAGACACGCCCUCAGAGGGGAAAAAAGAAAAAAGAAAAAGAUCAAAUCCUCAGAAAUGAAAGUAAAAUCCCGGUACAUUAAAAGAGCUGUCAUCAGAGCUGGUGGUGGGAUUUCUCUCCCUGCUUUGAUUGGUUUACUUGUAUAGUUUUUUGUUGUGGUUUUAGUUUGUUUUCUCCUUGAAGACCUUCAUCCAGCUGGCCUGACCUUAAAUCACCGAAUCACUUCAAACAGGAAGCUGCGGAACCAAACAUGGCAGGAACCGGGGAGAUCGAUGAGGGUUUCUACUCCAGGCAGCUAUAUGUCCUGGGUCACGAUGCGAUGCACCGAAUGGGAGCAGCGCAGGUCCUCAUAGCAGGAAUGAGGGGGCUGGGGGUGGAAAUAGCCAAGAAUGUGAUCCUGUCCGGAGUCAAGUCUGUCACUGUCCAGGAUGAGGGCCAGGCUGACUGGUCUGACCUGUCAUCUCAGUUUUUUCUGCAGGAGUCUCAUCUCGGACAGAACCGAGCCACAUGCUCCUUACCACAUCUGACUGCCUUAAACCCACAUGUGCAGGUGUUGGCACACACUGGACCGCUGGAUGACAAACUGCUUCUGCAAUAUCAGGUGGUGGUCCUUACUGACUCCUCGCUUGACGAUCAGAAGCGUUUUGGUGAAUUCUGUCAUUCGCACGGAAUUCGGUUUAUAGUCGCAGACACAAAGGGUCUCUGCGGACAACUGUUCUGCGAUUUCGGGGAAGAGUUCGAAGUCUUGGACCGAGAUGGAGAGACGCCCGUGUCUGUGAUGGUAGAACGAAUCACUAAGGACAAUCCCGGAGUUGUCGUCUGCACAGAUGACCAGAAACAUGGACUUUCAGAAGGUUCUAAAGUGACAUUUUCUGAAGUCCAAGGCAUGACGGAGCUCAACACUCUGGGCCCUGUGGAGAUCAAAGUCUGUGGCCCGUAUUCGUUCAGCAUUUGUGACACUUCAGCCUUUUCUGAUUAUGAACGGGGUGGAGUAGUAACUGAAGUUAAACAGCCAUAUAAGUUGAAUUUUAAACCACUGAGUGAGGCUCUGAGUGAGCAUGAGCUGCUGACUCUGAACGACUAUGGGAAAAUAUCCAGACACCACACGCUACACCUGGCGUUCCAAGCCCUGCAUAGGUUUGUCAAGGAGCAGAAGCGUCUUCCUCAUUCGUGGUGUCAGUCAGAUGCAGAUUCACUGGUUUCCAUCGUAAAAGAGCUGAAUGCAGAGAGAAAGCUGGAGGAACUCGAUGAGGCGGCGGUUCGAAGCUUGUCCUACACUGCCCGGGGGGAUUUAGCUCCUAUGAACGCUUUUUUUGGAGGAGUUGCUGCUCAGGAAGUUAUUAAGGCAUGUAGUGGGAAAUUUACCCCUUUUCAGCAGUGGCUGUAUUUUGAUGCAUUAGAGUGUCUCCCUGAGGAGGAGCUUGUCUCUCUGCCAAAGACCUUCUACCUACCAAAAAGCUCAAGGUACGAUGCACAAAUUGCCGUCUUUGGGUCAGAGUUCCAGGAGAAGCUCGGGAGGCAAAAGUAUUUCCUGGUUGGAGCCGGUGCCAUUGGCUGCGAGCUUCUGAAAAACUUUGCCCUCAUUGGGCUCGGCGCAGGAGCAGAGGGCCACAUCACUGUAACAGACAUGGACUUUAUAGAAAGGUCCAACUUGAAUCGUCAGUUUCUGUUCAGGUCGAAGGACAUUGGGAAACCUAAAUCUGAAGUUGCAGCCACCGCAGUGUGUGAGAUGAACCCACAGAUAAAAAUCACCGCCCAUCAGAACCGUCUGGACCCCGACAGUGAGGGGGUGUACGACUACARCUUCUUCAUGGAGCUUGAUGGAGUGGCUGCAGCCCUUGAUAACGUGGAAGCCAGGGUCUACCUCGACGGCCGCUGCGUUCAACACCAGAAACCAAUGUUGGAGGGAGGAACACUGGGAUGCAAGGGUCACACUCUGGUGGUGGUGCCUCAUCUCACGGAGUCUUAUGGACCCGUCAAGUCAAGUUCCGGCAACGCCAUCCCACUGUGCACGCUGAAGAACUUCCCACACCGAAUCGAGCACACACUGCAGUGGGCCAGGGAUCAGUUUGAAGGACUUUUCAAACAAACGGCUGAAAACGUGAAUUUCUUCUUGAGAGAUCCAAAGUUCAUAGAGCGUACUCUCACACAUGGAGACACUGAGGCCCUGGAGGUUCUUGAAGGGGUUUGGAGCAGCCUGCAGRACGUGGACGCUGGAGGACAGCGUCCGAAGAAAUGGGAGGACUGCGUUCGCUGGGCUCGCUGCAAAUGGGAGACUCUCUAUAACAACGAUAUCUGCCAGCUUCUGCACUGUUUCCCUCCUCAAGAGGUGACUGCCUCUGGUCUGCCCUUCUGGUCUGGAACCAAGAGAUGCCCCCAUCCUCUGACCUUUGACCCUAACAACACUACACAUAUAGAUUAUGUGAUGGCAGCAGCUAAUCUAUACGGKCAGCUCUUCGGCAUCAAAGGGACAAGAGACCUUGCUUCAAUCAGAAAUGUUUUAGAAAACGUCCAAGUACCACCUUUUACUCCCAAGUCCUCCGUAAAAAUUCAUCUCACUGACAAAGAAAUGGAGGAGGAGAAACAGAAGGAGGGUGAUGAUGCUGACAAAGCUCGACUUGAAGAGCUGAAGGGAAAACUGUCCUCAAUGAAAAGCUCCGCUCAGAUGUACCCCGUCGACUUUGAGAAGGAUGAUGACAGCAACCUCCACAUGGACUACAUUGUGGCUGCGUCCAAUCUGAGAGCAGAGAACUACGACAUCCCUCCAGCUGAUCGCCACCAGAGUAAGCGCAUCGCUGGGAGGAUUAUUCCUGCCAUCGCCACCACCACAGCAGCAGUGGCGGGCCUCAUGUGCCUGGAGCUGUUCAAACUGGUCCAGGGUCACAAGAAGAUCAGCUCCUACCGCACAGCUUACCUCAACCUGGCUGUACAGUACAUUGUUCUGUCCCAGCCAAGCCGCCCGCCCAGCUUUGAAGUUGCAGGAAAGAAAUUCACUCUGUGGGACGACUUCCUUGUUGAGGGCAGACGCACCAGUCAGCAGGAAAUGGCUCUGGCUGAUUUGAUCCAGUAUAUAAAGGAAAUGCAUGGCUUGAACAUUUGCAGUCUAUUCUACGGACCUGCUAUCCUUUACAAUGGACACGAAGACAGGCUGAAGAUGAGUGUGUCUGACGUGGUAAGAAUGGUAACAAAGGCAGACAUCCCCUCUCAUAAGAAGGUCCUGGAGUUGAUUCCAUCAUUUGAGGAAGAUGAAGACUCCGAGACGGUACCAACCAUCAGGUACCGGCUCAUGUGAUGCAGAUGACUCAGAGUUUCUACAAGCUCCUCACUGCUGAGAGAUCAUGAAAUAUAACGAAUGACUUGACUUUUAAAGCUGUUGUUUACUGAUUCUGAAAUGUGAAUGGUUUUUAAAUGGCUCGGGGUAUCUUUUUCUUGUCAGUGUUUAUUGUUAAGCACUCCUUACCGUGUUUUUUUAAAUGAUAGUUUUCUCAAAAAUUCCCAGAGAUGUGAAGAUUCUCUGAUGCUGAAGCUGGUUUGUCUCAGGUUAGAGUCGACUACAGAGGGGGUGCAGGAAAAGCUUCAUCUGUCCUCAGAUGGUUUGUGUUUCCUGCCCUCACAUUCGACCUCACAGUGUUUCUUUUUGCACUCUUAAAUGAUCUCACUGAUAGAUAUUCCUCUAGUUGUCUAUUUGAAUUAUGUUCUGCUGAUUAUCUUUUAAAGUUAUGAUUUAACAGUGAUUGUAAAACAAAGAUUAAAAGUUGUGAUUAAAAUUGGUUUUAACAAUAUUUUU